UGAUCAUCGAUGGUCGCUGGCUUAUACUAAUGAAGAUGAAAGAAAGUGAAAUCCCCCCCCCCUGAAUAGCUUCUUCUUCCCUUGAACCAUCUUAUGUUCUCUGUUUAAAUGAAGCUGAACCAUGGAGGUCACUUCCCACUCGUUCUCCUACUACCUGCCUAGGAUACUGGAUGACUUGGCUACCGGCUGUUUCGUCUCCCUCGACCUGGAGUUCUCUGGUAUCGCUAAACCGGCCUUUCGCUCACCGUCGAGCGGACCCCAGACUCUGCAAGAGCGGUACGAAGAGGUGAAGGGGGCAGCAGAGAAGUACCAGGUCCUUCAGAUCGGUCUGACGAUUUGCCACGAGGACACGGCAACAGCAUCGUAUACGCUGAAACCGUUCAACUUCUAUCUCAACCCAGUCAUCAACCAACGACUAGAAGUAGACAGAGACUUUACAUUUCAGAGUGGAGCCAUUCAGUUUCUCGUGCAGAAUAGGUUCCGUCUCGAUGCGCUAGUCAGCGAGGGGAUCUCGUACCUUUCUCGACGUGAGGAAGCGCUGGCAUUCACUCGAGCUGAGGACCGGCGAGAUCGGGUCGGCAGGAACGCAAAUACAGCGAUCAACGUCAAGCAGACGGACUACGAAUCUUUGCAGUUCCUCUCAAUGGUCCGGCGUCACAUCGACGACUGGCUGGCUGUUAAACUGAAGACCGAUGACAGCUAUCUGAAUAUCCCCCCACCAACUCGUCUCGGCCAGACGCAAGCGUCCACUUCGUGGCCGCUGACCUUGAACAAAUUCCAGCAACGGCUCAUCCACCAGCUUCUCGAGGUUGAAUACCCAGCUCUGGUGGCGGUCAACAAGGCUACCUUCAUGCAGAUCAUUCCCCGUGAUGAAGCCCGGGAAAAGGCAGUCAGAGAAGAUAGAAUGCAGUGGGCCGAGCGGCGGAUUCGGACGGAGACUGGGUUUCGCUGGAUUGUCGAAGCCCUGACGGGUGGUGAUCUGACACAUCUCGACAGCAGCCUCUUCAUGGGGAUCAUGUCUAGUGCUGCGUCCGUCAAGGGCAAGUAUCCGCUCAACGAGUUUGCGGACAAGCUGAAAGCUCGGCUGAAAUCUCACCGGCCUGUCCUCGUGGGACACAAUCUGUUCACUGACCUGGUCAACUUCUACCGAUGUUUCUUUGGACCCCUGCCUGACCGUGUGGAACAGUUCCAGCAACAGAUCCAUGAGCUGUUCCCCGUCUUGAUGGACACAAAGUACAUGGCUACCCAUGACUGCGGAUCCAUUAAUCCUAGCUCCACACUUUCUGAGAUUCAUACCAGCUUGGCUGAGAUGAAGUAUCCGAAAAUAGAAGUACACCCAGACCACAACAAAUAUAGCACGAACCAGAAAGAACAUGAAGCCGGUUACGACAGCUUUCUUACAGCAGAAGUUUUCAUCAAACUGUCCGCCCAGCUCCGUAAACAAGAGAUGUCCAGAGCUUUACCCUCGACCAGCUUAGACAACAAUAGCACUCCCCAAGACCAGACGCGCAUCAAACCAGCAAAGGCUAAGAAAAGGUCUCGGCGCCGCAAAAGUACACGGCCGCAACCUGGCUCUCUCAACGCCUUUGAGGCUCUCUCCGUCCAGGAGGAGGACAACGAUGUCUCCACCGAGGUCACGGAGAAGAUCUCUCAGGGCCACCUGAUUCCUCGGCCGGCCGACGCGUUCUGGCAAGUCUACGGGAACAAACUGAGGAUGUUUGGCCCUUCAAGAGUCGAGUCUCCAGUCUGCAGAAGUUGCCAGGAAACACUUGGCCGCCGCAGCUACGCCACUGAUGCUGUAUCGACAGAGUCAAGCUCGGCCUCAGCUUCGGCAUUGCCUGUCGUGAAGCCUUCGUUCCUUGUCCAGGCGGGUGUCGUCCUUUCGCGGCCGCCCCAGAUCACGCGGGACCUGACCCCGUUCGAAAAGUCGUACUACUUCUAUCAGCGGCGCUUGAACGAGCGCCUGGCCCAACCGUUUUCGAAAUACUUCUACUUCAAGCGUGGCACGCCGGCCGACGAAGACUGGAAGCGCCAGAUCCGGGAGCGCCAGACCGCCGCGCGUGACAUUGGCAAUUACAACGCGUACUCGCCCGAGGCAUGGAAUGACGAGCUGCUGGUCGGAGCUGUUGAGUCGGAGCCGCAACACCAGAUCGAGAAGCUGAUCCAGAAUGCGGAGGCCACCGCCAACGCCACCUCCCAGGAUGUCAGCAGGAAGGAGGAGAUCCCCCGGCCGUUCCCACGGGUGACAGAGGCGGACCAGAAGAACGACCAGAAACGACUGGACCGGGCGCUGCAACGGACGUUGUAUCUGCUGGUCAAGUCGAAAGAGGGGUUCUGGAAGUUUCCCAGUUCACCGAUCGAAACGGGGGAGACUCUACGAGUGGCUGCUGAGCGCACCCUUGCCCAAUCCGCCGGCGUUAACAUGAACACCUGGAUGGUCGGAUACCACCCCGUCGGCCACCAUGUCUACAACUUCCGCAGGCCGAAGACCGUCGACGCCACCGGCGCGGAACUCGUCGGCGAGAAGACCUUUUUCAUGAAGGGUCGCAUCAUGGCCGGCCAGGCGGACCUGGCUGCUAACGAGCAGGAACUGGAGGACUUCAAGUGGCUGUCCAAGGACGAGAUCCAGACACACGUGCUGCCUCAAUACUACAGCAACAUCAAGAACAUGCUGGCCGAACUGUAG